AUGGCGCCCGGUCCACUAGAGAACGACACCCGGAACGGCAAUGCUACGCCGCGCAAGGAAUUGAAAGCCAUCGUCAACGAGCUGCGCGAGCUACAGGCACAUGUGCAGCGUAUCCAAUCCGCUAUCGAGACCCCCGAGGUUCAGUCCUGGCUGAAUGAGCAGCUGCAUCAUCCGGACCAGCUCCCCGACAAGGAGCUGGAGCAGCGCGCGUUGGAUCUGGUGGACAGUAUGGACAAGCUUCAACUGCAGCUCGUUCCGUCCGUCUCCUUGUUGACUGAUGGCUUCUUCGGAUAUCUCAACAGCAAGGCGCUCUGGACCGUCGUCGAAGCCCAAGUGGCAGACCGGCUGGCGGAAAAUGGUCCUCAGCCGGUAUCAACCCUCGGUCUGCGCUGCGGCAUCCAGCCCGAGCGGCUUGCCCAGCUGCUGGACACACUCGUCAACAAUGGCAUCUUCGCCUACAACGCCGCCGACGAUACCUACAGCAACAAUCGUGCAUCCCUCCUUCUGUGCCACGACCACUGGGCCCAGUGGCACCUCUGGGCCGAUCUAUAUCCAAACGAGUUCUUCGACGUCAGCCGCGCCAUGCCCCAGGCCGUCAAACUAGGCGAGAGCCGCACCGCCGCCCAGAUCGCCUAUGGCACCGAACUCGACCUCUUCGAGUACCUCGCCAAAGAGCAGAAACUGGCCAAGUUCCAGAAGACCCUGGGCGCCGGCGCCGUAGCGCAAGCCCGCGGCCUGACCGUCGACUAUCCCUGGGAGGAGAUCGGCUCCGAGCCCAUCUUGGACAUCGGCGGCGGGUCCGGCGCAUUCCUGGCGUCACUGCUGCGAGCGCAUCCCAAUCUCCAGGGAAGUCUCAUGGAUAUCAAGUCUGUCAUUGAGCUAGUCACGCCUGAAUUCCGAGAACCGCACGGGCGGUUUAGCGAUAUCGGGUCGCGCGUGCAGCAGCUCGUUGUCGGCGAUUUCACGAAGCAGAUCCCGCCGUCCGCGGUGUAUACCAUGAAAUGGUGUCUGCAUGACUGGGUUGAUGACGACGUGCUCACUAUCCUGAAGAAUGUGCGCCGGAGUAUUGUGCCGUCGCCUGUCAGUCGCUUCUUGGUCGUCGAGUCGAUCAAGUCGCCUGGUCGAUCGGGUCGUCUGCCUCGCUAUGGCGAUCUGAUCAUGAUGAUUACCUGCAAUGGUAAGGAGCGGUCCCUUGAGGACUGGAAGCGGCUGGGUGAGUUGGCCGGUUGGAGGAUUGACCAGGUGCAUCGGGUGCGUCGCGCCUGGCCUUGUAUCAUCGACUUUCGGCCUAUGUGA